AUGCCAGAAAAUCAUCUGGAAGAAGAAGAAGACAAUAUUUCAGUCCAGCAAAAUGGUCAUCAUUAUGCUAUUUUAUCAACAGUUCCUGAUGUUCAAAAAUAUCAAAGUGCAACUCCAUCAUCACCCUCAAUAACCCCAGUCACUUCACAAAAACAACAACAACAACAAUCAGUUUCUUCAUCUCCAAAUACCCCUCAAAACACUCAGAAUAACAACCAACAACAACAACAACAACAACAACAAUCUUUAAGCCCUAAAGCACCAACAACUGCUCUUUCUCCUUUGGAACUUUUGGAACAACGAUCUAGACGACUUGCUAACCGGUUUGGCAAAAAACCUAAUGAUGAUAUUCAACAAGCAGCUCCAAAUAAUGAUCAUCAUCAACAACAUCAACAUCCACAACAACAACAAACCUCAUCAUCAUCAUCAUUACCAAAAUCAACUCAAGACUCAACCUUAUCUUCAGAUAAUAUCCCUACUACACGUCGGGGAAGAAUCGCUCGUAAAGCUUCCACAGCAUCUAUCACUUCCAUUGCAUCUCUUGGGUCCAUUCUAGGGUCUUUCCGUCUAUCAUCUCUUUCGAUUGAUGAUUCUGUGGACCUGACUCCUACAACUUCAGCUGCUUCCUUUUAUCCCAACCAACAACAACAACAACAACAUCAUCAUCAACAUCAUCAACAAUAUUCCAGCCAAGUUCCAACUUUGACUGUUUCUCAAUCACAAGCAAUUCCAGCAACUUUCUCAACUCCAAAUCAAUCCUCUCAGUCACUUGGUGGUGGUGGUGGUUCCAGGCGAGGCAACAAUAAUAAUAAUAAUAAUAAUAAUAAUAAUAGUAAUCUUCAUCACUACCCUACGUCACCAGGCUUCGUUCCACUUUCGUCAAAAUCCUCCAUCUCAACUACACUUUCUUCCACUUCUAGAACAUUGCAUUCCCCACCAGCUCUACCCGUUUCCCCUCCAGCUGAACCCGAACAUCACCCGGUCUUGAUUUCUUCGGGCUCCCACGGGUCUCUAAACUCUAUCAAUGAAAAUAACAAUAAUAUUAACAAUAAUAUCAACACCAACAUAAAUGCAUCAUCAUCAUAUUCAUCUCUGGCUCACUCUCCAAAACUUAAAGCAUUGCCUGCCCCCCGUGCAAAACUUCCAGCAUUCCCACCAACAACCCCGGCCUCUAUCGGUCUCCAUCCUCGCACAGCUAACCAGCGUUCAUUCUCAGGCUCAUCAUUAUCUUCAAUUGCAUCUGGUAAACAAAUAACAGCAACACCAACGGCAUCAACCACAACAUCAACAUCAACAGCAACAGCAACUGCAACUGCACCAUCAGCAUCAACAUCAAUUACAACUACCAGUACCCAUUCACGUACCCCAUCCAGCAGUCACAACCAUCUACCCAGCCACCAGUUGAGCGAGUUUGAGCUUCUUAAAGAAAAACGAAUAAAUAAUACACUAACCCUCGAAGACCAUGUUGCCCUGGGAAUUUAUUUCCAUGAAGAAGGGAACCUACGAGAGUCCUCGUACCACUGGCAACAUGCUGCAUUCCAAGGAGAAACUACCGCGAUGCUUCUCUAUGGUCUUGCACUACGUCAUGGCUGGGGGAUCCGCAAAAACCCGGAAAGUGCUGUGGAGUGGCUAUUACGUGCCAUCAAGCCCAUUCUACAUGAGUACAAGCUCGAAGACAUACUACAAAACCAAAACUCCACAGAACGGUUCCAAGCAUUUUUAAGCUCGUCAAACGAUACCAGUACUCAGACUGGAGGCAAAAUUAAAAAGACCCAUGUAUCACUAGCAUUUUACGAGCUAGGUAUGUGUUAUCUUAAUGCAUGGGGGAUCGACAAGGAUGAGGAUCUGGCUUUGCGAUGUUUCGAGCUAGCUGGGUCGCUGGGCGAUCCUGAUGCACUUUCAGAGGCUGCACGCAUGUGGAUGCAUAAUGGUCCAAAGGGCCGUAAAAAGGACUACAUGCGAGCUGCAAAAUUGUACCGCUUGGCCGAGAAAAAUGGAGCAAAUGUCGUUUCCAAUAGCUGGAUCUACAAGGACAAAUAUAUGGAUCCAGAUGAGGACGAGGAAAAUUUAAAAAAAUCCGACAAGGACCGGCGCCGGUCGGGGAUUCUAAAGAAAAUGAAAAAGUAA